AAAACCUCGAUUUCCUUUUAGGUGGCUCUCGGUUUAUCAACAAUUUCGAAACUUACACAAGUUCCCACAAUUCUGCAAACAAUUUCAAGGCCUUAGAAAUAACUAUUAUAGAUACCCAAAACAUUUAAACCCUCGUGAAAUAUAUACUAAAAUGGGCUCUAUCAAUUGCAAGGAAUACAAAACCACUGGAAAUGUUCCACCCAAAAAGGAUCAGUCAUCAUCAGGUGGUACCGUAGGCUCAUAUCAAUCGAAGUGCCCAAGCAGCAAAAUGACGAGCACAACAGCAACAACAACGACGCCCAAUCUUGAAGACUACACCGAUCCGGUGGCCGUCUGUCUGGCCUCUGAACUAAAUGAGAAUGAGAUGCGUCAAGUGGAUUUCGAUGAGGAUACUCGCAUUCUGUUGGUCAAACAGAAUGGCAACCUGAGGGCAGUGGGUGCUAAAUGCACUCAUUACGGAGCACCCUUGCAUACUGGAGCUUUGGGCAAGGGUCGUGUCCGGUGUCCCUGGCAUGGAGCAUGUUUCAAUCUGGAGACUGGUGACAUUGAGGAUUUCCCUGGCCUCGAUUCGCUGCCUUGUUACAAUGUACAAGUUAGCAGUGAGGGUCAGGUAAUGGUACGAGCCAAGCGUGCCGAUUUGGAGAAGACAAAACGCCUGAAGAAUAUGGUUAAACGAAAACCCGAUGAUCCACGUUGUUUCAUCGUCGUCGGUGGUGGUCCAUCUGGGGCAGUGUGCGCGGAAACUUUGAGGCAGGAGGGCUUUACGGGUCGUUUGAUUCUAGUCGCCCGUGAGAAUUACUUGCCGUACGAUCGUGUAAAAAUUUCCAAGGCAAUGAAUUUGAAAAUAGAUGCAAUCCAAUUUCGUGAUGAGAAAUUCUACAAGGAACACGAUAUCGAGGUAUUCUUGGGUGUCAGUGCCGAUAAACUGGAUACGGCCCAAAAGGAAUUGCAUUGCUCCAACGGUCUGGUGGUGAAGUAUGAUAAGAUCUUUAUUGCCACUGGAUGUUCAGCCUUCCGUCCGGCCAUACCGGGCAUAGAAUUGGGCAAUGUGAAGACAGUGCGAGAAUUCGACGACUGUCAGAGUAUCAUGAAUUUAAUAACACCAGAAACACGUGUCGUCUGUCUUGGCUCCAGUUUCAUUGCUUUGGAGGCAGCUGCCGCUCUAGUUUCUAAAGUGGCCAGCGUUACUGUGGUAGGACGGGACACGGUACCCCUGAAGGCGGCAUUCGGCGAACAGAUUGGGCAACGUGUCCUGAAGCUGUUUGAGGACAAUAAAGUCACUAUGAUUAUGUCUAGUGGCAUUACCCAAAUUAUUGGCAACGAGGAGAAUAACGUUGCCGAGGUUCAACUGGCUGAUGAAACGCGUCUGCCGUGCGAUUUACUUAUAGUGGGCACUGGCUCAACUCUCAAUACCCAGUUCCUGGCUAAUUCUGGUGUACGUCUCAAUCGCAAUGGUUCGGUGGAUGUCACCGAUUUCCUGGAGUCAAAUGUACCCGAUGUCUAUGUGGGCGGAGAUAUUGCCAAUGCCCACAUCCAUGGUUUGACCAGUGAGCGUGUGACCAUUGGACAUUACCAGUUGGCCCAAUAUCAUGGACGCAUUGCGGCAAUUAAUAUGAGCGGAUCGGUUAAAAAAUUACAGGCUGUUCCCUUUUUCUUCACUAUGAUCUUCGGCAAGGGCAUACGCUAUGCUGGUCAUGGUCGCUACAAGGAUGUCAUCAUUGAUGGCAGUCUCGAGGAUUUGAAAUUCAUUGCCUAUUUCGUUAACGAAGCCGAUACGGUAAUAGGUGUAGCCUCCUGCGGCCGGGAUCCCAUUGUGGCGCAAUUCGCUGAGCUCUUAUCGCAGGGCAAGUGUCUGGGUCGUGCUCAAAUUGAGAAUGAAGAGAAUCGUCAGGCCUGGACGGCCAAGCUUAAGGAACCAUUGCCCCUAGUUCGUUAGAAUAACCACCGAACUGGCCUUUAAUACCGUCAAGUGCGUUGACCAGAGAGAUUCGUUUUAUAUUUUAUAUAUACAUGUAUAUAUACAAAAGAUGUAUACGUAUAUUGUAAUAAUUAUAUUUUAUGUAUUAUCGCAUAAAUAAGUUACGUAUGUUAAAUCUGUGCAAAGUCAAAGAAUUAUUAAAACCAUA